AUGAUAUCACGCGUGGGUUUUGCAGCGCUACUGCUGGGGGAACUGGCAGUCUGCUCGCGCGCCCUCAUCACUACGAACGGCGUGGGCGCGGCAGAAGCCUCAGGCCCAGCGCAGCAAAAGGCGGCCCAUGCUGCGAAGUACGAGGCUGAGUUCACCGUCGUCCUGAACAUGACGGACUCGUCGUACCGUAAUAAGGGAGUGGGGAUCGUGCUCGACAUCGAGGACAACGACACGCCAGUCAAAGUGUCCCAGAUCGAGACCGAUGGACUCCAGGCCGAAUGGAACGCGAAGCACCCUGACAAACAGAUCCUCGUCGGCGACCAGAUCUCGCAGGCCAACGACUACGUGUGGCACUCUAACUCAAGAAAUUUCGUCAAGAGACUCUGGCGGCUGAUCCGGGACGGACGCGCCUUGGACCCUUCGUCGGAGGAGCUCCUCUCCAUGCACGUCCUGAGGCCAAGGAAGCAGCAGGCGACAGAGUUUGUUGUCGAGCUCCCGCUCCCAGCUGCGAGCGUCAGAGGCACCUCGGCUGCAAUCCUGGGUUGGGAGCUGAAUUCCACGGCGACGUCGCAGCAGGUGCUGGUCAGCAAGAUCGGGCAGGAGGGCGCCGUGGCCGAGUGGAACAAGGCAAACCCAGACGCGAUGAUCCGGGAGGGAGACGAGGUCAUCAAGGUCAACGGUCUGCAGGGUCAGAACUCCACUGUCUCCGAGGCCCUGGAUCAGAUCGAGGCGAUCCGCAGCGUGUCCCUGUCGCUCAACAGGACGCUGGGGCUCACCAUCCGGAGGCCCAUGGAGGCGGAGGCGGAGGCGCCGCCCGCCCAGGAGGCGCCCCCGGAGCAGGCGCCGCCGCCCCGCCAGGACCCCGCCGCGCCGAAGCAGGUCCGUCUUCGAUUCCCCAAGCCGACAUCGAACAUGCCCGCCUUCAAGGCCGUGGGCUGGCAGCUCGCCGUCCACAACAAAAGCCGCGUCGUCGUCAAGAGCGUCGAGGAGAAAGGCCUGGUGGCCGAUUGGAAUGCGAAGCAUCCGAGCAUGGCGGUGGAGCCUGAUGACCAGAUCAUCCAGGUGGACGGGGCCGUCUGGCAGGAGGGCUCCAACCCCAGCGACUUCAUGAGAAAGAUUGCCAAGGCCAUGACGGCCGCAUCCCUCGAGGGGCCCGGGCGUGCGUGCAGACUGGCGCUGGCGAGGCCGCAGCGCUCUGCGCCGGAGGCCGAGGCCGAGGCCGCGAGGGCCGCUCCCACGCUGUCCCCAGGAUGGGAGUCCACCAUCGACGCGGCCACCAACAAGGUCUACUACUUCAACCGCGCCACGGGCCAGUCCAGCUGGACUCCCGUGUAG